AUGACCAACGAUUCUCUCUCUCGGCCCACAGAAAUGGCCCAAGGUCAGUCCACCGUGGUGUGCGGGCACGUACCGUCCGAGCCGGGCGGCAGCGGCAGCAGCGGGUGCGCGGACAGCGCGGCGGCGAGCGGCGCGGGCGUGGCCGGCCCCGAGCCCGAGCCGGCCGCCGAGCGCGCGCGGAACGACCCCGACCUGCCCGGACAGAGGAUGGUCACAGCGGGAGGGGAGGGGGGGACCCUGACCGACCUACGCGAGCGUGGCGCUGUAUCUGGAGACCGGCUUACAGAGAGCAGCCCGAAUAACAUCGAACGGACGUACCAUCCUCCGACCGAUACAAUGUCGUACGACUACGAUUUAUCGAGUUUUGGAAGAAGCGAAAGUCUCAACGUAUACAGCGCAUGCUCGAGUAUGCUAAUCACCAACGACGAUACAGAACCGUUGGAAGCCUCCCGCUACACCCGCACUAGGACAUGUCCGAGGACUCGUCAUGCAAUCCCGGAUAUGUCAACUUAG